AUGGAAAAGUUACUGCGCCCUGAUCGUUUCGAGACUGAUCCUAAUUCCCCAACAUCAGCAAAAGAAUGCGCUCACUGGAUCACAACAUUCAAUAAUUUUGUCGAAGUAGCAAAAGUAAAGGAGGAAGACAAACUCAAGGUACUCACUAACUUUUUAGGACACUCAGUAUAUGACAGUGUCAGCGAAUGUACAACGUACGGAGCAGCUAUCAAAAUAUUGACUGAUAUCUACAUCAAACAAAAAAAUGAGAUCUUUGCUCGGCAUUUGUUAGCCACAAGAAAACAGCAAAUGAAUGAAUCUAUUGAUCCAUACCUUGGAUUUUUAAAAAUCUUAUCUAAGGAAUGUGCUUUUAAAUCCGUUUCGGCCAUCGAAUACAGAGAUGAAUAUAUUCGAGAUUCUUUUAUCAAUGGUCUUUUGUCUAACAAUAUUCGUCAACGCUUAUUGGAGAACAACACAUUGAAAUUAGAGGAAGCUGUAACUCGGUCUCGGGCAUUGGAAAUGGCUCAAAAGCAAUCUGAAGUGUAUAGCAUGCCUCUGACUCAAGGAUCUGUGAACGCUCUAACCAAGGAUACUACUUCAAUGAUCAAACCUGAUAAUAAUCAUCCAACAGUAUCAGCGAUACAACAAAAAUGUUACUUUUGUGGCUAUGACAAACAUCCUCGCAGCUCUUGCCCAGCCAGAGAUGCUGUAUGUAAAAAAUGUGACAAGAAGGGACACUUUUUGAAGGUAUGUAGAUCAAAAACAAAAUCCGAUAGCGCAUUUGUGUCCAUGGCUACUCUAGCUUGUGUAACUGCAACUGUACCAGGUCUCUUGUCUAAAGCUAUUAUGAGAGUAAAAGUAAACAACAUUGAUGCAAAUACUCUUAUUGAUACUGGUAGCUCUAAUAGUUUUAUUAAUGAAGAAUUUGUCCAAAUUCACAAAAUAAAAUCAUAUCCAGAAAACGGACAGGUACUUCUGGCGACAACUACCUAUUCAUCAAACCUAAAAGGUUAUGUUCUUGUUGACUUACUGUUACAAGAACACACUUACAAAAAUCUCAAACUAUCUAUACUCCCUAAAUUAUGCUCAGAUAUUUUAAUAGGUCAUGAUGUACUAAGAACUCACUCUAGUAUUGACCUUACAUUCGGGGGACCAAAACCACCAUUAUCAAUUUGUAAUAUGACUUUUGUAAAUAUAGAGCCACCUCGACUCUUCAAUAAUGUUGUUAAAGACUGUAAGCCAGUAGCAGUUAAGUCACGUCGCUAUUCGGAUGAAGAUGCUAAAUUUAUAAGGGAGGAGGUCACUAAAUUAUUGUACGAUAAUAUAAUUGAAGAAAGUACUUCACCCUGGCGAGCUCAGGUUUUAAUCACUAAAAGUGAAAAUCAUAAAAGGCGCAUGGUUAUAGAUUACUCACAGACAAUAAACAAAUUCACUCUAAUGGACGCUUUUCCCUUACCCAAUAUCGAUGAACUAGUCUCUAAGGUCGCGCAGCAUACCAUCUACAGUACCAUAGACCUGCGCAGUGCUUACCACCAGAUCCCCAUACACGAAGAUGAACGUCAAUAUACAGCAUUUGAAGCAGGAGGUCGAUUGUACCAAUUCAGAAAAAUUCCAUUUGGUGUAACUAAUGGAGUGGCCUGUUUUCAGAGAGUAAUAGAUACUAUAAUAUCCCAAGAAAAUCUUGAUGGAGUCUAUGCGUACCUCGAUGACAUAACUAUUUGUGGAAAUAAUCAAACUGAACAUGAUUUAAACUUAAACAAGUUUCUUACUAUAAUAAAGAAAUAUGGACUCAUAUUGAAUGAGGACAAAUGUCAGUUCUCGAAGUGUGAAAUCUCACUACUUGGUCACCACAUUAGCAACAAGCGUAUAAGUCCAGACCCUGAAAGAUUAAAACCACUGUUGAAUCUACCACAACCUAAGGAUGCCUCAUCAUUGAAACGAGUACUAGGUAUGUUCUCCCAUUACUCUAAAUGGAUUCAAGGUUUCUCUGACAAAAUCCGCAGUUUGGUAGACUGCAAAUCAUUCCCUAUGUCACCUAUAGCAGCAGCUGAUUUUGAACGCAUAAAACAGGAUAUUGCUAAAUCAGUGGUAAAUUCAAUUAAUAGUGAAGAAUUGCUGGUAGUGGAGAGUGCAUCUGAUUUUGCUCUAGCCGCAACUCUAAGUCAGAGUGGUCGGCCUGUGGCAUUUUUCUCAAGGAGUCUCACUGAAGGUGAAAAAAGACACCCAUCUGUAGAAAAGGAAGCAUAUGCAAUCGUAGAGGCUGUGAGAAAGUGGAGGCACUUUCUUAUUGGAAGACAUUUCAAGCUAAUAACAGAUCAGGAAGCGGUCUCGUUUAUGUUCAAUCUAAAACAUUCCAGCAAGAUAAAAAGUGACAAGAUAAGAAGAUGGCGACUUGAGCUCUCAUCUUUCAGUUACGACAUAGUAUACCGCCCUGGUAAGGAAAAUACGGUAGCGGAUGCUUUCUCAAGAGUCUGUGCAAACAUUAAUAAUCCAAGUAAGCUUUUUGACCUUCACAAAGCAUUAUGUCACCCUGGUAUGACUAGAAUGUACCAUUGGACUAGAAGUAAGAAUCUACCAUUUACUCUUGUUGAUAUUAAAAGGGUAACCACAACUUGUCCUAUAUGCGCUGAAGUUAAACCCAAAUUCUUUAAACAGAAGGGAAACCAUCUUAUCAAAGCUACUUUGCCUUUUGAACGGUUGAAUAUAGAUUUUAAAGGCCCACUACCCUCUAAUACAAGCAAUCAUUAUAUCCUUACAAUAGUAGAUGAAUAUUCUCGCUUCCAAUUUGCAGUUCCAUGCCGGGACAUUAGUUCAACUACUGUGAUAAAUAGUUUGUGGCAGUUAUUCUCCAUAUUUGGUAUGCCGGCUUACAUUCAUUCUGAUCGCGGUUCAUCUUUUAUGUCACAAGAACUCAAAACUUUUUUGCACAACCAUGGAAUAGCCACCAGUCGUACGACACCUUACAAUCCGGAGGGAAACGGACAAGCAGAACGAUAUAAUGGGAUUAUUUGGAAAGCCAUCUCUGCUUUGUGCCUUUGUACAGCUAUAAACUGUACUCCACAUGAACGCUUCUUCCAUUAUCCUCGUCGUUCUUCAAAUGGGAAAACUCUCCCUUCAUGGCUUAACUGCCCUGGUCCAGUACUCAUCAGAAAACAUGUAAAAUCAUCAAAGUACGAUCCACUGGUGGAAGAAGCUGAAUUGAUAGAGGCUAAUCCCGAGUAUGCUUUGGUGCGUUAUAACAAUGGACGUGAAUCUACAGUGUCUCUGAAAGACCUGGCACCUCCAGGGGAUAGAGGUCUGUUGGGAGAAAAGAGAGACAGAGAACAUAGUAUUAAACCAUCAAGCGUAGAAGCUCCUGCAUACGAUUGUGGUCAAGAGAAUAAAGAUAUUGUUAUUGAAGAACCUACCCAGAUGAAUGAAGGGCUAAGCAAGACAUUAAGUGAUGUUGAAGAACCUAGAAGGUCUACAAGAACCAAAAAUAAACCAAAGUAUUUAGAAGAUUAUAAAACUAAUUAA